GUUUUAUUAAGGGAUACGUAUAACACAGGAAGUUCUUCACAAAAGAGGAACCAGGAACGUGAAAAACUCAAAUGAUGAAAGGAGAGUCAAACACUGAGCCAGAAGAAUGGAGAUGCCUCUGAUGGUUCUGCUUUGUUUUCUGGCAGGGGUUUCAGACGUGGACGCGUAUGAUCUGAGUCGAACAGGGAAGGAGGGGGAAGAUAUCACAAUUACAUGUUCUCACUCCUAUGCUUACAGCAACACAAAGUAUUUCUGCAGAGGAGAAUGUGACUACAAAGAUGCCCUCAUAACCAGCGAAGGUCCAAACACAGCCAAGUAUCACAUAACUGACAGAGGGAAUGAUUUUGAUGUGACCAUUUAUAACCUGGAGGUGAACGACUCAGGAUCAUACAGGUGUGGAAUAGACAGAGUUUUUAAGGACACAUAUAAUAAAGUUCACCUCACCGUUGUUGAAAAGCCAAGGGAGGAGAAGAAAGAACCAGAUGAGAAGAAGAAUAGCAGUGCAACCAUGAAGAAUGAAACUGCAGCGAAGAGGAACCUAACUACAGACGACAACAGUGAAACUGUUGAGGUGAAGAACAAAACUGAGGAGGAGAGGAACGUCACUGACGCGCCAGAGGAUACUAGAGAACUAUCUACAUCCUCAGAAACUGUGGUGUACAUUGGAGCAGGACUGGGGAUUUGCCUUGGGGUUCUGGUUUUGGUCCUUCUCUUGUUCUGCCUCCAACGAAGGAGAUAUUUGGGAGCAUCCUCUGCUGAAAAACCAGACCGUCGCUCCACCAACUCUCCAGAACAAGAAACGGUCAUUUACUCUCUGGUCACUGCGGACAGAGCCUUCCAGGUUCCUGCAGACGCCGCGCUCUACUGCAACAUGCCCUCCAGCCAACCCAGGAGCAUGGAAGUGCCUCCAUCUGAGGAGGUCACCUAUUCUGCCAUCAGAGGAGCUCAUGCUGAUCCAGUCUGACUUCCCUUCUCUGUUUCUCACUGUAGCGCUGCAUUCACAUCUGACUCCAUGCUGUUUAGUGACAUGUGGAAAAGUGGUUUCUGAUCCUUUCCUCAGAGAUCUGUCUCAGAUGAGACAUGCUAUUUACUCAGUGUUUUUGUCCUUGAUUUUAAUAUUCCUCUACGAUUCACUGUACCUUCCUGUAGAGAGCUUCUGUAUGAGCUUUGAACACAAACUGCUGCACAGGUUUCUAUGAAUGUAUCAGCUGCUGCAAGUUCCUGAAGCCAAAGAGACGUUUGGAGGAGGUCACCCUCAUCUGCAUGAGACAUGAUAAAAGGGCUCAGGUUCAUGUUCACUGGACAGUUUUCAUGCUUCCAUCAGCAACACCGAUCACCUGUAGUACAAAAGUAAGCAGCGAUGCAUUGAAGUAUAUAAAUUGUUACACGCUUUUGUCUUAACUUGAGUUGUUGUGAUUCGUGUGUCAGAUCUGUGGUCAGCUCAGAUGCUGCAACCAGGGCUUCAACGCUGGCCAGGCCUUGUUCUCGAUGAACUGAAGAGAGAAAUACCACUCACACACACAACAAUAUCCACCUGUUUAUUCAUCAAAUAUCGAUGUAGCACACCUAACAUUUCAAUACUUUUAUUGUGA